GCCUAGUCCCCUCGGCGGCUCCAGGGCUCGCUCUUCGCUAUUCUCCAGUCUGUCUCCCGGCCCUCGGGGUCCUCGCGCAUUCUGCGCAGUUAUUUCUCGGAAAGUGGAACCAUGCGUUCAAAGUUGUGGCCAACCAAGAGGCAGCGUGACUUUAUUCGUGUGGCGAAUAAAGAUGUGGCCAACCAAAGAGGCAGCGUGACUGGCUCCACUGGUGCUCUAGGCCCAAGCACUUUCUACCAAAGCAAUCGUGGCGGAGGCGAGGGAGGGGGAUACCCCGGGUGGAAUACCCCUUUCUUCCAACAAAUGGAAAGAUGCCACGAAGAAGGGCUGUUGAUUUGUGGGGGAUUUUGAAGAGAGGAGGAAUAGGAGGAAGGGGUUGAGGGGCUGUCUCUGGCAUAUGCACACACGCACACAUUCUCUCACACCCCUCACACACACACAUACCGUGUUCUCCAUCCCCCCAGGUCCAGCCUUCAGUGCAGUCCCGUCCAGCAGGGCUGCCCUGAAGCUCUGGCUGCAGCCCUCCCGUCCAGCGGGCGGGCGGCUUCAUCCCUCCUCUCUCUCCCAAAGCCCAACUGCUGUCACUGCAUGCUCUGCCAAGGAGGAGGGAACUGCAGUGACAGCAGGAGUAAGAGUGGGAGGCAGGACAGAGCCGGGACACAGGUAUGGAGAGGGGGUGUAGCGAGCCUAGAGAGGGCAGACGAUCAGGGUGCUGGCGGUGAGAGUCCAGGGAGAGGAGCGGAAACAGAAGAGGAACAGAAGACAGGGGCACUUGUGGGUUGCAAGCCCCUCAGCCAUGUUGGGAGCCAAGCCACACUGGCUACCAGGUCCCCUACACAGUCCUGGGCUUCCCUUGGCUCUGAUGCUUCUGGCCCUGGGGGCCGGGUGGGCCCAGGAGGGGUCAGAGCCGGUCUUACUGGAGGGGGAGUGCCUUGUGGUCUGUGAGCCUGGGCGAGCUGCCGCAGGGGGGCCCGGAGGAGCAGCCCUGGGAGAGGCGCCCCCUGGGCGAGUGGCAUUUGCUGCGGUCCGAAGCCACCACCAUGAGCCAGCAGGGGAAACCGGCAAUGGCACCAGUGGGGCCAUCUACUUCGACCAGGUCCUGGUGAACGAGGGCGGUGGCUUUGACCGGGCCUCCGGCUCCUUCGUAGCCCCUGUCCGGGGUGUCUACAGCUUCCGGUUCCAUGUGGUGAAGGUGUACAACCGCCAAACUGUCCAGGUGAGCCUGAUGCUGAACACGUGGCCUGUCAUCUCAGCCUUUGCCAAUGACCCUGAUGUGACCCGGGAGGCAGCCACCAGCUCUGUGCUACUGCCCUUGGACCCCGGGGACCGAGUGUCUCUGCGCCUGCGUCGGGGGAAUCUACUGGGUGGCUGGAAAUACUCAAGUUUCUCUGGCUUCCUCAUUUUCCCUCUCUGAGGACCCAAGCCUUUCAAGCACAAGAAUCCAGCCCCUGACAACUUUCUUCUGCCCUCUCUUGCCCCAGAAACAGCAGAGGCAGGAGAGAGACUCCCCUCUCGCUGCCUAGAUCCCACCUCCUUGCAUGGGACCCUGUGCCAAACACCCAAGUUUAAGAGAAGAGUAGAGCUGUGGCAUCUCCAGACCUGGUCUUUCCACCCACCCACCACCAGUUCCCCUCCCAGCCACCUGCUGCAUCUGUUCCUGCCUGCAGCCCUAGAAUCAGGACAAGGUUUGGCAAGAAGGAAGAUCUGCACUACUUUGCAGCCUCUGCUCCUCCUGUUCCCCCACCCCAGCUUCCUGCUCAAUGCUGUUCAGGAACAGGUGGCACAGGUGAGCCUCACAGGCCCCCACAGGAGCCCAGAUGGACAAGCCUCAGCAUACCCUGCAGGCUUCUUCCUGUGAGGAAUGCCAGCAUCAGAGAUCUCAGCCAGCACCGUCAGAAGCUGAACCAGCACUGUAUGGGCUAGGGUGGGAAGCUCAGCCACAGGCAGAAGUGUGGGAAGAGCCUGGAGUCUGUAGCUGGUGAGGAAGGAAGGAGGGUGUAUUGUCUAGUCUGAACAUGGUGCACAUUCUGCAUGUAUAGCAGAGCAGCCAGCAGGCAGCAAUCCUGGCUGUCCUUCUAUGCCAGAUCCCAGAUAGACUCUGGCCCUUACCUCCCCACCUGAGACUAGGGUGAGUGUGUUUGCUCUGGCUGAGAGCAGAGCUGAGAGCAGGUAUACAGAGCUGGAGGUGGACCAUGGAAAACAUCGAUAACCAUGCAUCCUCUUGCUUGGCCACCUCCUGAAACUGCUCCAUCUUUGAAGUUUGAACGUCAGUCCCUCCACACUCUGACUGCUGCCUCCUUCCUCCCAGCUCUCUCACUGAGUUAUCUUCACUGUACCUGUUCCAGCCUAUCUACACCAUCUCUCUUUCUCCUGAUAUGUGCUAUCUUAUUCUCCUCCUUAGGCCUCCUAUUACCUGGGAUUCCAUGAUUCAUUCCUUCAGACCCUCUCCUGCCAGUAUGCUAAACCCUCCCUCUCUCUUUCUUAUCCUGCUGUCCCAUUGGCCCAGCCUGGAUAAAUCUAUCAAUAAAACAACUAGAGAAUGGCGGUCAGUGAGACACUAUAGGAUCACUAAAGAGAAGAUGCCUCUGGAGUUUGGAUCGGGUGUUACAGGUACAAGUAGGUAUGUUGCAGAGGAAAAUAAAUAUUAAACUGUAUACUAAAGUUACAUUUUAAAA